AUGGCUUCCUCUCCUCUCAAUAAACUUCUCAUCAUCAUCGUCUUCAUCUUUCUCUCCUCUCCUGCUUUUCUCUCUUCUUUGACAUCUUCUCCGACCAUCUCUUCCUUGCAACAGCUUUCUCCGGAGAUCGCUCCUCUCCUCCCUUCCCCUGGGAAGGCUUUACCUUCCGACGACGGAGCCGGCACAAUCCCUUCUUCCCCAAGCCCUCCUGAUCCCGACCCCAGCGACGACUCCUCCUACCCUGACCCGCUGGCAUUUGCUCCCCUCGCUUCUCCGCCUGUUUCUUCUCCUGCUCCGCCGUCUUAUCCUUCCGUGGGAAUGUUACUCCUCUCCAUUAUCAUCUCCUCCGCCUCACUCCGGCUUCGUGCACUAGUAGCUGCUCUACUAUAG